UUUCCUCAACCGAGCUACAUCCGACUAAAGGAUAAAUAUGAAAAUGAUCAAUCUCCUCUACGCUCUAACAAGUUCAAUGCUUCCUCUUACUUUGCCAAGGACUCAACUUCUUUGUACCUCAAGGGCAUAUCUGGUGAAAAGCUAGGCCAUGCAAAUAAACAAAGCUGCUUCCUUGAUGAAGGAAUACUUGCAUCUGGUUCCGAAAAACUAAAGCCAGCUGCCCCUGAAAAUUCAGAAUCGUCAAAUUUAUUAUGUAGAGACGAAAGUAAGGGGAUAUCUGAUGAUGCAUUUGGAAGGGUAAGCCCUGUGGCCGAACUUGACUCCUGUUUCCAUGCUCAAGAGGACUUUGAUGAGACAGAUUUCCUCGGAGAUAUGAGCACAGAUAAGGCCUUGCUAUUCUUGCUCACAACCAAAAAGCUUGGAGUAGGGCAUCGUUCUCGACAACGUAGGCCACGAAAUAUCCAAGACAGCAUUUUUAAUGAAGACGACGUCUCCGUGCUUAGAGAACAGAGUACUGCUGAACUAGAAGAGGACUGGUCUAAUGGGAGGAUGACUUUUUCUCGCAUUGGGAAACCUAAUAAUAGACAAAGUAAUGAAGACACUAAGCAGCACGGAAUAGGUUAUCGGAAAUUUGCUGGUUGUCAGAAUUUAGAAGAAGGAAUAGAAAACGCUGGUAUGCUGAUCGAUAAGGUAGAUGAUCAGAGCCUAAAAACGAGGCGAACAGAAGAAAGGCCUAGCCCGGAAGAUAGUGGAGAAGGAGAGGAAAGAGAAUAUUGCCUAGAGAAUGAUGGAGCUCAUGCUGGUGAAGUGAUAGGAAGGCACCAAAGAAGAAUGAUUUUGGCAACUGAAUCAGACGAGGAAUUGAGAAGACAUUUGUAUCUGACGAGUAAAUGUAGGUUUUUGGUUCUACUGUUACUUGAGUUUUUUUCUCCAUUACAAAUAAUUUCUGUCAACAUUUAUUAUAAACCAUACGCUUGUUCAGGAGGGCAUAUGGAAGUCAAUAUUAUUGCUAUUCCAUGCAUCUCUUCUUUAUUCUUGUUGCUGAAUAUUGGAUUCGAAUAA